ACUAAGGGUCAAAACUGAAGCGCGCUUGAGUUCAAAAAGUUUAAGAAAUCGAUUGUACGCAUACAAUCUAGAGAUUUGAUAAAACAUAAAGCUGUUUUAAUUAAAGAAUCUUACGAAAAUACUCUUUUACACCCAUUCAAACUAUUUUCUUAAUAUAAUUUUCAUGUUAUCUUGAAGCACAAAAUGUCCGACAAUGAAGAUAAAAUGAGAGAUAUUUGUCUCUCUCUUGAUGAAUAUGCAGCAAAGAAAAGAAUUGCUGCUUGGCAGCAUCGCAAACGUAUUAGAAACAUUGACAUAAACGAGUUAAACAAAGAGCUUGAGGUUUUAAGUCCUCCUAGCACUGCCGGUGAACAAACUACUGAGCAAUCGAGUAGCUGUAGUAGAUACAAUCGAAGAUCAAUGGUUGAAAAUUCCGACGAUAGCGAUGAUGAUUUACAAACUACAAACAAACUCUUUGAUGAUGAUGUCGUUAUGAAAGAUAAUAAUUUAAUUAAAGUUAAAAUCGAAAGAGCUGCAGAUGAAGAAGAAGAAGAAGACGAGUUGAAUGAUCUUCAAAAAUUCCAAACCAUCGAAACUAAGCAAGGAAUUAGAGUUCGCAGCCAACAAUGGAGAAUGCUGCCAGAAAAUCUUGUUGAUCGUCCUGCAGGUGUCAAGCGUUUAGAAGUGUUGCCAUUAGAUGAACAUGAACGUUACAGACGAGUUCAACGAGGUAGAAUUGAUAAGACUUACAGAAGUCGCACAUCAAGUGUUUCAAGUUUAGCAACAGCAAGUGUUAAGGAUGGAUAUUUCUUAGAAAAAGGUUCAUUAACCUACAAAUAUGGCGACCGCAAUGGCAGUGGUGAAGGAUUGAUUGGGAUUGAAAGAUCAAAACGUUUUGUUCAACCACAACAACGUCAACAUUUCGGUCAACCACAACAACGUCAACGUUUCGGUCUUAACAAUCCACCAAUAAACAUCAAUAUGAACUGGGAAGGCUUUUUCCAAGGUUUCAAUCAAACAAUUGAACAAAUUAGAGAGCCACCAGCAGGAGAUGACAUUCUGUCAACAGCUUCAAAACUUCUCAACGCAUUACAAAACAAUCGUUAUAGAGUAAACCAAAGUUCACCAGUUUUAAAAAAUUUACGAAAAGAAGUUGAAGACAUUCAAGGAAAACCUUUAAAAUUCAUGUAAAAGUUUGUGAAACUUUCAAGAACAAAAAAAUGUUCGAUAAAUUUCAUUUCUUAAUUUUUUGUUAUUUUUCAUCAAAUCUAAUGUCAACAAUCAUUUAAACUAAUUAAAAAUGUAUCUGGAAAGAGAAAAGAGAAUAAAGAAAAAUCUCUAUACGCCAUAAAUUCGAUUUCUCGCAUUUUAUUCAAGUUUUUGUAUGUUGAUAAAUGAGAAAAAUUUUACAUUUUUUCAAUAAUUUUUUUUCUUACGGUUUUAGUUUUAAAGA